AUGCCGCCCAAAGGGAACAAAGAAGGGUCCCAUCACAAGUUCUUCUCACUACGUGGCAAGAAGAAGGAGAACCGGGUCAAGAAGGGCCUGUCUGAAGCACUAGGAGCAUCCCUGGGCGCCAUCGGACUCAGGCCCGAGGACGAAGAAGCCAGCAGCGUCUCCAGCAAAUCCUCCGCCCACGGCACCCUUCAACACCAGGCAUCGCGCGAUUCCCUUCAAUCCCUUGAUAUGUCCCUGUUCAACCACCUCAAGAGGUCCUCCAAGCACGACAAGUCAGGCAGCUCCUCCCGCUCCAACUCCGUCGAGCCCUCCAGAGAGAUCCCUCGCAUCGUCACCACCACCCACGCUCCCUCCAUCGUCAACAGGGACCUCCUCAAGCCCAGCAUGUCCCGCCCUCAGGCCCAGGACCGCGCCGUCUCUACCACAUCCGCCUUCUCCGCCGCCUCGGAAUCCACCAUCGCGCCCGAGGAGAACACCCCCCGGAAUAGGACCAGCAUCCUCGACCGGGCAAAGACGGCCAUCAGGAGCCGGUCUGCCUCCCGCAGCCCCUCCGAGUCGCCCGAGGAUGUCAGCAGGAAACAGCUGGCCCCGAGGGGCAACCACAUCGUGACUGAUGCGGUCGCGACCUUCCGGGUCAAGCUCCAGGCCGAGGUCAAGGGCACCGACGAGCAAAUACUGUCGGCCGGCGUGUCGAGCGAGAACCUCUUUGGCUUCAUCGCCAAUGAGCGUCUCAGGAGAAUGCCCGCGAGGGGCAGCCGUUGGGACAAGAUCCUCAAGUGGGCUGAGGACUUUGCCAAGAAGCUGUCUCUCUUUGAGGCCGACGAGAAACUUUAUUCCUUCCUCCAAGGAGGCCGUCGAGCUGAUUCUGGCUUCCAUUCAGCUCCUUCUCCUGAGGCCAGGAGGUACCUCAGUCUGUCGCUGGCCGACAUGCUUGGGCUUUCGGUUGAGAUGACCAUUCUCUACCGCAAGAGCGCCCGCUCCAUGUCCACCAGCAACAGCAUCACCAUCAACUUCAACCUGACGUUUGGCCACCGCAUGGAGUCCUUCAUCAGCCACAAGGACCGCAUUGCCGAGCUGAUGUGGACAUGGCAGCUCGAGAACUCGGCUGAGAUCAGUGACAUUCAAGUGUCCAUCGAGAGCAUCCGGCAAUGGCUGCUUCCCCAGGACCGCCAGCUUCAGGCCCAGGUGGCCGGCCGUCGUUCUGUUCGCACUCCCCGUGCCGAGUUCACCUGCGAGUGGCUCGACCGCCCGCUGGUUGAGUUCGCCCGUAGCAGAGACAGGGUCUUCACCAUCACCGCCGAGGCUGGUGCCGGCAAGAGCUUCCUCUUCGGCUGGAUCCUGGAGCGUCUGCAGAGGCGCGUUGGCCACCAUGAGUACCAGGCUAUCUCGGCCUCUGUCGACAGCCAGGUCCCUGCUCAGGCCACACAGAUUGCCCUCGUCAAGACCCUGUUGCUGCAGCUCCUCGAGCAGAACGUGGGCAACGUAGCUCUGUUCCGUUGCCUCGCCAACGUGACGGAGCUCGGUGCCAACACCAGCAGCACUCAGGAUGCCGAGGAUGCUCUGUGGUACACCCUCGACACUGCCCUUCAAGGCCUCGAGAAUGUUGUCCUCGUCAUUGAUGGCCUGGACUCUCUCGAGGGCGAUGAGGAGGAGAAGAUCGAGGCCUUCGAGCACCUCCAUGAGAUCGCCACCAAGAACAAGAACAAUGUGCGCGUCAUCAUUCUGAGCCGUCCUCUCUCCAAGCCCUGGCCCAAGCCCACGCGCCAGAUCGCCAUGACUUCUCAGCGCACCAGCGUCGACGUCAAGCAUAUGGUUCGUGCCUGGCUCGUCAGCCGCAACCUUGGCACCAAGCAGGAGAUUGAGGACAUCUCUGAGCAGAUUGCUGUCCGCAGCAAGGGCUCUCUCACCUGGGCUGACUUGUCUCUCCAACUUCUGUCCAAGGCCAAGACGACCGCCGAGAUCACCACCACUCUCAAGGAGCUACCAAGCACCACUAAUGAGAUCCUGGCUCGGCAUGUGAGCACCAUCUCCUUGACCGGUGAUGCUCGCCUCAUUAUCGCCUGGCUCCUCGCUUCCAAGCGACCUCUCACCACCGUGGAGAUCCAGGCUCUGCUUGAGCUGGACACCCAGAAGGGUGCUCACCAACCUCGGUCCACCGACAUCGUCGAGGAUAUCAAGAAGGCCUGUGGCUCUCUUGUCAUUGUCCAGGACAAGACGGUUCGCUUCCGCAAUGAGGCUGUUCGCCUGCAGCUCCUCGAGCUCAGCAAGAAGGAGACCAAGGACACCGAGACUGCUCUUCUCAGCCCUGCCGAUGCUAACAAGGACCUGACUGCCCGUCUGCUCCUCUACGUCAAGACUUGUGUCAACCGGAACGUGGACAGCAGCCUGGACACGAUCACCUCUCGUGAGGUUGACAGCCUCUUCAAGAGCAAUGCUCUGCUCGAGUACGCUACUCGCAACUGGCUGGGUCACUUCAAGCGAUCCAGCUACUUCGCUAACGGCCAGAUCCAAGCCCCACUGGUAACCGGUGAGCUCAAGGGCGUCUUCCCCAACUCCACCCUCCUCGCGCGCCUGGAGAAGAGAUGCUGGGACAACCAGGAGCUUGCGACCACCGCCAACUCCCAGCACGUCCUCGCCCUUACCGUGCGCCGGCAGACCCUGGGCGAUUCAGCCCAGAGUGUGCUGCAGAGUUCCAUCAACGUUGCCCAAUCCUUCAAGAAGCUCUCUGCCCCAGCCGAGGCCAGCAGGUACUUCUACCAGGCUGCCAAGAUCGGGCAGACCGUUCUUGGACGUACCAGCGACCUGGCUCUUGCAUGCGCCACCGAGUCCUUGGACAUCUCUGCCAAGAACAAGCAGAAGGCUACAGCCCGCGACGAGGCUGUCACGCAGCGCGAGGAGCUCCUCAAGUAUGUCAUUGAUACUGAGAAGCAGCGUUCUGGCAACAACAGCGCUGUCGCGUCCAAGUACAACAACGAGCUUGCCGAGUUGUACACCAGCAUCAAGGAGACGGACAAGGCUGAGGCUGUGUACCGUGACGUUUACAAGACGUCUAUUGCCCAGAAUGGCCAAUUCUCGGCUGAGGCUACUGUUGCCGCUGAGAAGCUGCAGACCGUCCUCUACAAGAGCUCCAAGCACGAGGAGGUUGUCCAGUACACUCAGCCUAUCUUCGAGUCUGCCGAGCGCAACCUGGAUAUCUUUGACAUUCGUCGUGUUGAGAUCACUCUGCGCAUGGCCGACACCUACGAGCAGAAGAAGGACUACACUCACGCUGAGGAGCUUUACAUCUCCCUCUGGCGUGGUCUGACCGAGUACUGCCGUAGCACCUCCCUCGCUGCUGCGAAGGCUACUGCGGCAUCCAUCUCCGAGGCACACGAGCGCAAGAUCCAGAUCAGCAUUGCGUAUGCGCGCUUCCUGCGCCGCCAGGGCCGUGAGGCCGAGGCUCAGAACAUCCUCCACGGUGUCUGGCUCGACUACCAGACCAUGACCGAGCACAAGUCCGAGGCUGUUGUCAAGCAGCUCAAUGACGUCGGUGAGGAGCUCAAGUCCAUGGGCAUCCUGGAUACUGCUAUCGCCGUCUUCAAGUCCGUUUGGGGCUACUUCAAGGGCUCUGGCCAGCAGAACUCUGCUGCCGCCGUCAGCACUGCUGUCUCUCUCAUGGGCGCCGUCCAGGAGAAGUCCGAGAAGAAGGAAGCUGAGGCUGACAAGGCCAAGGCUGCCGUUGCUGCGAAGGGCGGAGUUCAGAUCGAUGUUGUUCUUGACACUGAGGCCGAUUUCGAGGAGAGCGAUGAUGAAGACGAUGAGGCGGAUGCUAUCCUCGACGAGGUGAUCAAGGCUGCUGUCGCGGCUCCUGCGGCUGGCUCGGACACCAAGCCUGCGACCAAGACCAGGGAGGUUGCCGCCGUUGUCACCAUCGAGAGCCAGAUCCAGACCUGCGAGACGCUCUCCAACUUCUACUUCAGCAAGAAGAAGUGGACCGAGUGCAUCGAGGUCUGCUCUCAGCUGCUCAAGCAGAUCUGGCCUGAGCUGGGCACUUCUGCCAAGUACAGCUUCCCUAAGGAGCACCGGGCUGAAGCCAUCAAGUUCACUCGCCGCCUGGCCCUGGCCUAUGCCGAGUCGAACCAGACUGAGUCCGCGGAGAAGAUGUACAACGCCAUCUUCCAGUGUUCGCUGCGCUCUGGCCUCAAGAUCCAGGACGAGUUCGUCACCGAGUCAGCCAACCAGCUGAUCGAGUACCACAAGCAGACCCAGCAGUGGUCCAAGGUCCUCGCUGUCUACCAGCAGCUUCUUGAGGGAUACAAGACCUCUCUUGGCUCUCGAAACCCUCUGACGAUCAAGACACUGUACAUCAUGGGUGACCUCUGCAUCCAGUACCGCCUGAAGGGUGCUGACAGGUACUACCUUGAGCUGGUCAAGGCCGACAAGAACCCUCAGGGUGUCAUCAGCAAGGACACCUUGCCAGCUGCCGUCGCCCUUUCCAAGAUCUACUAUGAGCAGAAGCGUUGGAACGAGAUCCGCCCCAUCUACGCCUCUCUCUGGGUUACCUUCGUCAACAAGGCCAAGGAGUACAACCUGUCGACGGAGCUUGUGCAGACCAUCUACAAGAGAUACACGACCGUCCUCGACAGCCACCUCAAGGUCGGCGUCGAUGAGGUCCGCAAGAUCGCCGUCGAGUACCGCGACACCUGCAUCAGGGUAUACGGUCCUCAGGCGGACAUCACCCAGUCAGCUUCGUUGGCUCUGGUCGCCAUCUCCCGCAAGAGCACCAACGCGGAGCACCAGCAGGAGGCUGUCAAGAUCUGUGAGGAGGUUGUUGCCGAGUCCGAGAAGCAGAAGGCUGCUGAGGGUGGCAAGGAGGGCGGCAAGGCUGUCGACGCGAAGAAGUCGGCCUUCCAGCUCUCUCUCCUUGCAUCUGCCAAGCGCCACCUCGCCGGCCUGUACAGCGUUCAGACCGGCGCCUCGGCUGCCGUCGGUGCCUCUGGCGCCGCUGGUGCCGCUGCUGGGAGCAAGCCCAGAGGUAUCGCGAGCCCUGAGUCGGCUCAGAAGGCCGAGGCUCUGUGGAAGGAGCAGCUCGAGAUCAACAAGAAGGAGAAUGGUGUUGCCCACAAGUCUACCUUGGCCAGUUUGGCUUCCCUUGUUGGGGUCUGGGCGCGAUCCGACAAGCCAGAGGUACGCAAGCAGGCCCAGGAGAAGCUUGACACAUCCGUUGUCGAGGUCCUGUCUGAGUCCUGCGGUGCCGGCAAGUCGAACGUCGACUCCACCAAGCUGCACGAGUCUGGUAUCACCCUUGCCAAGACUUACCUGUCCUGUGGCUUCUCCGUCCAGGCCUGGGCUCUGCUGAAGCAGCUCCGCUUCCACGUUGUUGCCCGCGGCAAGAUUGCUGGUUCUGCUUCUAUUGAGAAGAACUCGAACGUUGAGCUCAGCGACAACAUUGACCGUCGCUCCAUGGUCUUCAUCGCUGCGUUCGAGGAGUCUCUUCGCAGCUCUGAGGCCGCAACUGCCACGGUCACCGCUGACAAGAAGGUCGUCAAGGUCACGUUCUCGGACAUUAUGACCGACCUUCUGACUGAGGGUAUCCUGUACGACCGCUACAGCCUCAGCAUUUCCAGCAAGGACCUGUCGGUCGAGCAGAAGUUGUUCGAUGGUGCUCGCCUCUACGUCUUCCUCAGGGCCAACAAGGCGCAGCAUGCCGAGCAGCUCGUCACGGUGGAGGAGUCUCUGUACAAGCUCUUUACCGAGAAGUACGGCGCUUCCCUCAAGACCGAGUCGCUCGUCACCCGUGCCUUCCUCAUUGCCAUUAUUGAGGAGCUCGGCCAGCUGCGUCUCCACGAGGACGACCUCGUCUACAUUGCUUGCACCUCUGUCACUGCCAAGGUGCACGCCCUUCUCCUGGCCGACAGCUACGCUCAGGCCGUCGACCUGGCCACCGCCUGGUACCAGUUCAUUGCCAGCCAGAACGGCUUCAAGAAUGCCAAGACGAUCCCCUUCGCCUUCAAGCUUUCGCUGUACCUGGCCGGCUUGGGCGUCAAGUCCAACAAGGCAGCUGACGCCAUCAUGCAGAACCGCAUGCUGGAGCUGUCCAAGACCAUCCUCCGCGAGACACUUACCGCUUGCAGGAGCAUGAACAUUGACCUGAUCCAGCUGCAGGCCUCUGAGCUGAACAGCCUGGUCCGCCUCAUGGGCCAGCAGAAGAACUACGAGGACCUUGAGUGGCUCCUGACCCAGCUGUGGAAUUCACGUAUUAUACAGGCCUCCUGGUCAGCAACCACAGUCAUCGCCGUCGGUCGCCGCCUCGUCGAGGUCCUCUUCGUCCGAGGCAAGCGAGACCAGGCGAUUACCCUCGCCGAGUCCAUGGCUUACAACUUGCGCCGGACAUGGGGUCUGCUGGACGCGGCCACGGUGGACAUGAACAACCUGCUCUCAUCGCUGUGCGUCUCCGACAGGCGGUACGCCGAGGCUCUCGAUGUGCACGAGGAGAUCCUGCGCGCUCUGCUCGACCUCAACAUGUCUGGCGAGGACGACGUCGACGACGCCGCCUCGGAGCUCAUGGACUUCGACGAGGAGAACGCCGCGGCGCUCGCUCUGCAGCAGCUCGAGCUCGUCCGCCGCGUAUACGCCCGCAACUCCGGAUGGCCCGAGUCGGACGAGCUGGACAUGGCCCAGCUCACCACCGACGUGGUCUCCGAGUUCAGCCACCUGGCCCCUGACGCGUAUGCACCCUUCGGUGACGGCGACUCGUCCAAGUGGAGCAGGAACGCGCCCUCGGCCAACGACAUCGUUGGGACCUUCACUGCGCCGUCUGUUUGGGAGUUCUCCCUCUCCGAGGACGGCAAGCCUGGCCAGCCCGCCGCGCUGCGCAAGAGCCCCAGCCACAUGCUCCGGAGCCUGCAGCUGUCGCGCCAGAGGAGCUACGGUGACCUUUCCGAGGCCCGCAAGAGGCUCGACGGCCAGAAAAGCGGCCCAGCCACCGGCAAUGCGUUGCUUGCUGCGCCUGUUCACUAA